AUGUAUUCUAAUUAAGACCCCGAAGAAUAAUUUGAGCUGAAUGAAUUGAUUGGAGAAGGCGCUUAUGCUAAAGUUUAUAAGGGGAAACAUAAGAAUGGCUAAAUCGUAGCUAUAAAAAUAGUUCCUUCAACUGGUGAGAUACAAUCAUUAAUCAAGGAGAUCCAGAUCUUAAAAUAGGAAUGUUAACAUGCCCAUAUAGAUGGAGAUUUAUGGCUUGUAAUGGAAUAUUGUGUGGGAGGGUCAAUUAUUGAUCUAUUGAAAAUCACCUAGAAAACCUUAACGGAGUCAGAAAUUGCUGCUAUUUUGUAUCACGUUCUACUUGGAAUCGAAUAUUUGCAUGCGAAUAAAAAAAUCCAUAGAGAUAUCAAAGCUGGAAAUAUUUUAUUGGAUGAGAAGGGAACAAUUAAAAUCGCAGAUUUCGGAGUAGCUGCACAACUCAUAUACACGAAUGCAGACAAAGGUACAGUAAUUGGCACUCCUGUUUACAUGUCUCCUGAAGUUAUAUCUAAGAAUCGAUAUAACCAUCUAACGGAUAUUUGGUCUUUGGGAGUGACUGCUAUUGAACUUGCAGAAGGAAAGCCCCCAUAUUCUCACAUUCAUCCUGUAAGAGCGAUGUUUGCAAUUAAAAACAACCCACCAUAGGGUUUAACCAAUCCUGAAAAGUGGUCUAAGGAAUUUAACGAUUUUGUUAAAUCUUGCUUAAAAGUACAAGUCUCAGAAAGACCCAGUGCUUAACAAUUACUUUAGUCUCCAUUUAUCAAAUAAGGCAAGCAAGACUAAAAGAAAUUAGUAAAUCUCAUUGAAAACUUUCUCAACCAAAUUGAUGAGUAUAGGUAAUCAAAAACCUAAGGAAAUUUAGAAAAAGUUUAAACCUUAAUCUCUAAACAAGAGGCUAGCGAAGACGAAGAAUAGUCAUGUGGAACUGUUGUGGAAUGCGGAACACUUGUGAUUAAAGAAGAGGAAGCCUAGAGUAAAAGCAAAAGCGAAAAAGAAUUAGAUUUUGUAGCCUAUGCUAAAAAGGAGAAAAUUAUAAAUGAAAUAAUAGAUGAAUAAUUAAGUGAUGAAUAAUAAAUGGAAAAUAUGAAUUAAGAUGAAAGAAAGAAGUUUUUGGCCUUUUUGUAAUCACAAAUGGAAGAGGAAAUUUCAAAAGUAAAAUAAAAGUAUAUGCCUAAAAUUGAGAUGUUAACUCAAAAAAUUAAACAAAACGAAUCCCCAGAAUUGCCAAAGCUAUAGGAAUAUAUUCCUAAGGUCAAACCAUAGGAAUAUAGUAAGCCCUAGGAAUAAAUUACUUAGAGUAAACCUCAGCAAUUGAUCUAAACUCAAUAAUCUCAAUUAAUCUAAUAAUAAUAAUAACCAUAAAAAAUUGAAGUUUCAGUUCCAUUCCAGGUCAAUCCAGAAGUUUUAUAAAAAUUAUCAAAUAUGAAAAUCCCUCAAAUCAAAAUUUAGAAUGUAAGUUCUCCAACAGCUUAGUUAAGAUCUAAUCCUAAAUGA